GCUAGCUCCGCUUUUGUCUCCGGUGCAUUUUCGUAGGCCUCCAGAUACCUAGGGCUUUACGGCACCCGCUGGACUACCGCAGUACUUGCGACACUGCGCGGUGUGCGCGGGGAGUGGAAUCCAGCCGUGCCGGUUCGCGCCAGCUCUGCCGAAGAGCGUGGACCUGGUCAGGCAAGGUUCGGCCGCCACGCGCCAGGCGGCCGCCCAUUACGACGCGCCGCCAGCGCACGCGCGCCGCCAGACGCACGCCAUCGACGCAGAACAGACCAAAAGAAAAAGAUGAACGUCUACCGCGUCUACCCGUCGGCGUCGCGGCCGACCGAGAUGUUGUUUGUGGCCUUCAAUCAGGACAGUGGUUGUUUUGCCUGCGGCACGGACAGCGGCUUCCGCAUCUACAACGUCGACCCCUUCAAGGAGACGUUCAAGAGGAAUUUCAACAACGGCAUCGGCAUCGUGGAAAUGUUGUUUCGGUGCAAUUUGCUGGCGCUCGUCGGUGGGGGGAAUUCGCCGCGCUACCCGCCGAACAAGGUCAUGAUCUGGGACGACCAUCAAAACAGAUGUGUCGGGGAAUUGAGUUUUCGGUCUGAUGUACGCGCGGUCAAGCUGAGGAGAGACCGGGUUGUUGUGGUGUUGGCGACGAAGGUCUACGUCUACCGCUUCUCCGAUCUCAAAUUACUAGAUCAGAUCGACACGCAGCCGAACCCGCGCGGGCUCGUCGCUUUGUGCCCGCAUCCCAAGCACAACGUGCUCGCGUGUCCGGGCGUGACGCGCGGCCACGCGCGCGUCGAAUUGUACGACGCGCGCAAGUCGACGGUCGUGGCGGCGCACGAGUCGGAUUUAGCUAGAUUGGCGUUGAGUGGCGACGGCAGCUUGCUCGCGACGGCCUCGGACAAGGGCACUUUGAUCAGAGUGUUCGAUUCGCAUUCCGGCGCGCAGCUCCGGGAGUUCCGGAGAGGCGUGGACCGAGCCUUGGUCUACUCGAUCGUGUUCUGUCCCGAGACCAAGUAUUUGGCGUGUUCCUCGGACAAGGGCACCGUGCACGUCUUCAAUCUGAAGAGCGAGGGCGGGCGUGUCGUCGCGCCGAACGCGUGCGGGCCGGCGUCGCAACGGAGCCUUCGUCUCGGCGUGCCGGCGGAGCAACAUAUCGCGCGACGACGCCGUCGCCGCGCAGGUCGUCGAACCGACUGGCGCCGUACGUCGAGGACCACGCGUCGCAGAACAACCAGAAGAGCCACCUCGCGUUCCUAAGGAAAGUGGUCCCCGGCGGCUUGGCCGCGGCCUACCUCGAGUCCGAGUGGUCCUUCGCGCAAGUGCGCGGCGUGCACGCGCCGACGAUCUGCGCCUUCGGCAAGACGCCGAACACGGUCGUGAGCGUCGGCGCGGACGGCGCGUUCCUGGUGUCGCGUUUUGCCGACGGCGGCGAGUGUGAAAGAGUAGCUUUCUGAGUCAAACUAAAAAUUCACGGCGCCUUCGUGCUGAAUCGUCGCGUCGACCUCCACGCCAUCGACGCGACGCCUGCUCGAUCGCGUGGCGGUGCUGCUUCCUCGCCGCUCGACGGAGCCAGCACGGCCGCAUCAUCGCCGAGAAAUGAUUUCCGCACAGGUGGCCUUCCACCGCUUCAUCAAGUCCAAGGAGGAGGAGGAAUUCGACGUGCCGCCCUGGGAGGACCCCCGGACCUUCGGGCCGGGCGGGCCCCUGCACACGCCGCCGAAGCCGCCCGAGCCCGGCCAGCCCUUCAUCGAUCCGAAGGCCGGGACGAUCUCGGCGAAGCCGCCUGCGGAUCUCCCGACGCCGCACGAGCGCGACGCGCCCUCUGACGAUGCGCCCGCGGCGCCGCCGCCAGCGCCGCCGCCCGCGCCUCCCCCAGUGCCCGACGUCGAGUACCCCGACCUCGGCGCGUCGAUCUACCACGAGGCCUCCGCGGAGCCGCCCGACGAGGAGGCGACGGACGAGGAGGACGAGUCGCCGCAGGUCGACCUGGGGCAGUCGAUAUACCAUGAGGCCCGCGCGCCGUCGGAGAGCGGCGAGUUGUCUAACUAGUAAUUUCACGUG